CUCAGCUCUCUGGAAAAUAGAAAUCGGACGUCGUCGGUGCUGAAAGCCGCAUUUGCCGCGCGCCCUGCGCAUGUAUCGGUUCCUCGUUGUGUAACGCCGCGUGUCCGUGUUCACUUUUUAAAAAUUAUACUGCAAUUUCCAAUAGUUUAUCAAGAAAAUGUGGGUUCUUUUCGCAUUGACAACACUCCUUAUAGCCUCAGCUCGAUCCGAAGCUGAAAAUCACGAAUGGGAUUUAGCAGUAGCAAUUGAAGGUCAAAUCGAAUUAUUAACAUCCAACGGAACGCUGGUUGGUACAACUGUUGCCUUCACAAAAUUAAAGGCACUUACCUUCGACAAUAUCAGACAUCAAUUCAUCGUUAGCGACAUGAACGAAUUCAAUGACACGAUAUACACGAUAUCCUUAACUCAGGAAGUAACGAAAAAUUCCCCAAUCAUCCAAAAUUUAGCCGACGACAUCCAAGGAUUAGCUAUUGAUCCGUUAAACGACAUCUUAUAUUGGUCAAACCCGUUCAAUAAAACCAUAAAUUACAUAUCGUUAGCGGAUCCAAACGAUUUUGGUGUUUUUAUGACUUUCGUUGAUGAAUCUCCUCAAGACUUAGCGAUCGAUAGUUGUAGAAGCUAUAUUUAUUGGACUAAUUCGAAUUUGGAUAAACCAACGAUCGAUCGAGCGAAAUUAGAUGGAAGUGGCCAUGAGAUUUUAAUUGAAACCGAUUUGAAUAUGCCGGUUGGGAUAGCUAUAGAUUAUGUAAAGAAAAGAUUGUAUUGGUCCGAUAUGGGCGAAGGGAUUUAUUUUAAAAUUGAAAGUUCCGAUUUAGAGGGAAAUAAAAGAGAAUUAAUGUUACAAGAAACGCAUCAAAAACCGUUUGGACUCGCCGUGGAUGAAGAAUCAGUUUAUUGGACGGACGUUAAUAACAACGCUUUAUGGAAAAUUCGAAAAGAUAACGAAGAACAUCCCAACAAAGUCAGAGGAUUUAAAGAAAAACCGUUCGGUUUGAUUGCAAAACAUUUAGGAUUUAUGGGAGCUCCAGAUUGCUCGAAAAUCGAAGAAGCCAUUAACGAAUACAAUCAAUCAACUCAAGAAAUAAUUAAAUUCAUAAACGAAGAAGAACAGGAAACACUACUUCAAACCGUUUGUUUAAAUAACGGCGAAUUAACCGAGAAAAAUGGGUGUUCUUGUCCGAAAGGUUUUAAAGGUCCAAAUUGUGAAAUUUCACUUUGUUAUAAUUAUUGUGUUCAUGGAACUUGUGAUCUAACCUUACAUGGGUAUCCAAUAUGUCUUUGUAAUUCUGGGUUUAAUGGAAACCGUUGCGAAUACGAUUUGUGUCAUAAUCAUUGCUUAAAUGGAGGAAAAUGUAGUCAUAAUGGAUUGGAACCAAAAUGUCGAUGUCCGGAUGGUUAUAUUGGAGAACAAUGUGAAAUUAAUGUUAAUGUCCUAGCUUUGUGUACAAUUUAUUGUGCAAAUCCAAUGGCAGCUAAUGAUUUUAACAAAAAUAUAACUUGCAAUUGUGAAAUGCAAACACGAACAUCCAGCGAAGAAUACGUCGAUGACAAAAAUCGAGUACAACUUACGAUAUCUGAUUAUUUAAGUAAUCCGCCGUUUUUAAUCCUGUGCAUUUGUAUGUUGAUCGUUUCGAUAAUCGUCGUCGCUUUGGUGGUUUUAUUCCAAAAAGCCAAAAAGAGACGUCCGAGAAUUAAUAAAAGGAUUAUAGUGAAUAAGAACGUUACGCCUUUAACAAAUAGACCUCAAGCGUCCAUCGAUCAAUGCGAAAUUACCAUUGAAAAUUGUUGUAAUAUGAACGUUUGUGAAACGCCUUGUUUUGAACCACCACAAUUGAGGAAAGCAAAAAAGGCGAGUGAUGAAAAGAAAAAUUUGUUGAAAAAUAUGGAAACUGGUGACGAUCUGUACUGAAAUCAACUAUCUAUGCACAGGCUGUGAAUUCCAAAAGUAUUAGCUAUUACUUGUUAAGUUUCCUCCGAAUGAGAAAUGAAAAGACAUAUAUGUGUUCCAAUCGAAAAAUGUUUACUUAUAUGUAUAAUCAAAUUAUUCGCAAUUAAUUUGAAAUUGACCAUCCAUGAAUUCUGCUGUGUCAACAACUCGAAUGAAUACAUGGCACAUUCCAUAAAACAUAAUGAGGACACUCUCGAAUUUACCUUGUAUCGUUUAAUUUUUACGUGGUAAUUGUUUUAAAUUACUAAUUAAAAAUUACACGAGAAUAAGAUGAUUUAAUUUUAUAUUUAAAAAAAAAGGAUAAUCUUAAUUUUGAAUGACAAUUCAAUUAUUUAAUUUUGAAUAAUUUUUCUUUUUGAAUCUUUUUCAAUGAAUUUAUUAUAUUUCUUACUUGCCAAUUAAUUGGUAUAAUCCACAUACCAAGAGCAAUGACUUAAAUGUGCCUAAUCAAACUUAAUCUAAAAAGGUCUUAAUAAAAAAAAUCUUAAUUAGUUGAUAUUUUAAUUUUUUUGUUUUUCUUAUGUUCAUUCAUUAUUUAUAAUGAUCGUUCAUUUUUGUUGGAAUAUCGUUUUAAUCGUUACUUAUUGUUUUUAAGGAUUGUUUUCUUUUUUUGUUUUCAUUUUAAAAAAUUUUCAUCUUAUUUUGUCUAGUUAGGUAAUUGUGAUUUACGGUUAACGUAAAAUAUUGGUGGGUUGUAAUAUCCACAUCAGAAAUGUGAUAUUAUAGUCUAACAAAUUAAUUUUGUAAUAGAAUUAUGUAUAAAAAUAUACAAAUUGGGUAUAAAUCAAA